AUGGAGUCUCUGAAUGCUACGACCACCGCCGUCACAUCGGCUCUGUCUACCGCAGCCGGUGCCGGCUCCAUCAAUGCCCCCAACCCGGCACUGUCGUCCGUCAUGACACGCGCCAAUGAUGUCGUCGUCACCCACGGCUCGUUCUCGUGGAUAGGCCUGAUCGCGAGGCUGAUCCUCUGGAUACUGCAGCUGCUGUCCACAAUCAUCUACUUCGCCCUCAAGCUUACCACCAUAUCUAUUCCCACUCUUCUUUUCAAUCUGUUUUCCACCAGCCUGACGUUUACCAUGAAUGCCACGACCAUAAUGAUAAUAAUAGCGUUGAUAUUUUCCGGAAUCAGCUGGGUUGUUCGGUAUCGUUACCUGAACAUGUACUCCCGGCUCCCACCAGAGCCUCAGAGAAAGGAACCCGAGGUGGAGCUCUUCCCUGACACACAUGAGGAUGGCAUCAAGUCCGGCCUGGCCAAUUACUUGGACGAGUUUUUGAGCGCCAUCAAGAUCUUUGGCUACUUGGAGAGGCCCGUCUUCCAUGAGUUGACUCGCAGCAUGCAGACAAGGAAGCUGAUUGCAGGCGAGACCCUGAACCUCGAAGACGAGCAAGGCUUUUGCCUAGUCGUCGAUGGCCUUGUUGAGAUCUUUGUCAAGUCUGCGAGAGGAGGCAGAAGUGCAUCCGGUAUCAGCGGCGGCAGCGAAGGCUCGUGGGACUCGGUCAGUGAUGUCGAAGAUGGGGAAAUGCACCGCCCCGGCCAGCAGCGAUAUCAGCUUCUCACCGAAGUGCGGAAUGGCGCGCCCAUGUCCUCACUAUUCACGAUCAUGUCUCUCUUCACCGAAGAUGUCAAGCUACGGCAUGCCGAUGACGAGCCACCCUUGCCUGAUACAGCCGCAUCCCACGAUGGCCAUUCCAGGUUCCCCUCGGCUGCUGGUCUAGAGAAGCCCAACGAGAUACCCGUCUCUUUUCCUAGUACCCCGAUGUCAGAAGGUCCAUCAACUAGUCGAGGUGUUCGGCUUCAGGAUCCUGCUAACCUGCAGCCUGGCGGUGGCACUUUGCCGCGGGUCCCACACAUGUCACUCGACGAUAGUACUCCUCCCACUCAACACUAUCCUCAGCAUCAUCAGCUUCAGGCCAGGCCAGGGAUCAAGCGUGUUGGAACCAGCUCGGUUCAUCCAGAUGUGAUUGCGAGGGCAUCCGUGGAUACCACGAUCGCCAUCAUCCCGGCUAGUGCUUUCCGACGCUUGAUUCGCGUCUAUCCCAAGGCAACCUCCCACAUCGUACACUUGAUCCUGUCUCGCUUCCAACGGGUCACCCUCGCAACGGCUUUCAGCUAUUUGGGCUUAGGUGGUGAAGUGCUGCAGACCGAGAAGAACAUGAUCAAGUAUACCGUUUCUCAGCUGCCGAAUCAGUUGAGAGGAGACCCGCUAGAGCGUCUCAAGGAGAAAUUCAAACGAGAACGCGAGCGGAUCGGAGAACGGGAGGCUGGGAAAGGCAUCGCACUUCACAACUCUGUGGCGGCAGGUCGCCGCCGUAGAUCCUCGACAGGCCUGCGGAAAGAGGCUGUGUUGCAAGCUAUGAAGGGCUCCGUGGUUACUUCGACCAUAUCCCCGCCUGAGGAGCGCAGUUCAAUCGAUGUGCCCAGUCCGGGCGAUCUUCUGGCUAAUAUCCAGCACGCACGGGGUGGAGGCCGCUCAUCACGACAGCUAUCUGCUCCACGUCAUGACUCCACCAACCCCUCUGAAGGACAGCAGAAGGAAGGGAUGUCACCUUUGGCAGAGAGGACAUUCAAUCCCUUUGCAAGCCAGCGAAUAUCUCUCGGGAAGAGGGAGCAAGUUGACGAGGACAACGUUUUCCGCGAGUCCAUUUUAGAAUGCAUGUUCAAGGCUAUCGGUCUAGAGGCGAAUGGCACAGCAUCUCGGGGAACCGAUUCGGUAGAAGCCUCACCGAGGCUUGUUUCAUUCGACCAGCGACGCCACAAGGCAAUAUUCUCGAACAACGCAUUUGGCUUCAUGGAUCCGUUUGAUGCAUCAGUUGAUGGCGACACCGAGUCGGUGACCUCGAGUGGCCUGGCGCCGCACGCCUCACCUAGUCCUCACGCUCUCGCUCAAGACAUGAAGCACGAAUUGGAAAUCGUCUUCUUCCCGAAAGGAUCUGUACUUGUCGAGCAGGGAGAAAGGAAUCCUGGAUUGUACUAUGUCAUUGAUGGUUUCCUGGACAUGUGCGCGUCCUGCGAGGAAAAGCCUAGGGAUAUCUUGCACAGUUCUGGUGAGGGCACGACCGACGAAUCAGAUGAAUUUUCUGCUCGCCGCCGCGCGGGAACGUCCGCCUCAGAGUUCUCAGCGCCAGACUUUGGCCAGGGUGGUUCUGAUGCCCGUAAGAAGGGUGCUGUCCGGAAAAGCGUUGCGCUGAUUAAACCAGGGGGUUUGGCCGGCUACGUCGGGACUGUGUCUUCCUACCGAUCGUUCAUUGACGUUGUCGCGAAAACGGACGUCUAUGUUGGCUUCCUCCCCCGCGCAUCCCUGGAAAGAAUAGUGGACAAAUAUCCCAUCGUGCUGCUGACAAUGGCCAAGAGGCUGACAAGUCUGUUGCCACGGCUGAUCCUCCAUAUUGACUUCGCUCUGGAGUGGCUGUCGGUCAAUGCCGGUCAGGUCAUCUUCCAUGGGGGCGACGAAAGUGACGCCAUUUACCUUGUGCUCAACGGCCGGCUGCGUCUGGUUGAAGAUCGCAAAGAUGGCGGAGUGUCUGUUAGAGCGGAAUACGGCCAAGGCGAGAGCGUCGGGGAGCUCGAGGUCUUGACGGAGUCGGCUCGAACUGGAACCCUCCACGCCAUCCGAGACACAGAAAUCGUCAAGUUUCCUCGCACACUGUUCAACAGCUUGGCACAAGAACACCCAAGUAUCACCAUCAAGAUCUCCAAGAUGAUCGCGUCGAAAAUGCGCGCCCUUGUUGACGAUCCUGUGAUAUCAAAAGACGGCUGGAGCCGAACGACAGUCAACAAAAGCUCGUCCACGCUCAACCUGCGAACUGUCGCGGUCCUUCCCGUGACUGCAGGAGUGCCCGUGGUUGAUUUUGGGAACCGCCUUAUGUCUGCGCUUCAGCAAGUCGGCACUCGUAACGGCGCUACAGUCCUGAACCAAUCGGCCAUUCUCAACCACCUGGGAAAGCACGCCUUCAACAGAAUGGGAAGGUUAAGGCUAUCCCAAUACCUGGCAGACCUAGAGGAGAAGUUCGGUCUCGUUGUGUACGUUGCAGAUACCAAUGUCAAUUCUGCUUGGACCCAGACCUGUAUAACACAGGCCGACUGUAUUCUGCUAGUUGGUCUGGCAGAGGGGUCACCUGAAGUUGGAGAGUACGAACGCUUCAUGCUGGGUCAGAAAUCCACCGCACAGAAGAUCCUGGUCUUGCUGCAUGCUGAGAGAUACGCUGUAUCUGGUAUGACGAGAGCCUGGCUGAAGAACAGAGUAUGGAUCAAUGGUGGGCACUUCCACGUGCAAAUGGACAUCGGGCGCGAGAACCUGCCCCUUCACCCUCGGGCCAAGCGCCUUGGUCUCAACAUCAAAGAGCGGGUACAAACACUCCAAGCUGAAAUCCAGAAGUACACAUCGAGGAAGGUUCGCUACAGCCCUGUCUAUGCACCAGACGCGCCUUUUAAGGGUGACUUCCACCGCCUGGCAAGACGAUUGUGUGGCAGAUCGGUUGGCCUUGUCCUUGGUGGUGGAGGAGCUCGAGGGAUCGCGCACGUUGGCAUUAUCCGAGCGUUGGAGGAAGCUGGCAUUCCAAUUGAUAUUGUGGGUGGCACGUCUAUAGGUUCCUUGGUUGGUGGCCUCUAUGCUCGACAUGCAGACGUGGUGCCUAUCCUAGGACUGGCAAAGAAAUUUUCCGGCCGCAUGGGCAGCAAAUGGAGGUUUGCGCUGGAUCUCACUUAUCCGUCGGCUUCCUAUACAACUGGACACGAGUUCAAUCGGGGUAUUUUCAAGAUAUUCGAGAAGACGCUGAUUGAGGACUUCUGGUUGGAAUUCUACUGCAACACGACCAACAUCAGCAAGAGUCGAGCGGAGAUCCACACCAGCGGUUAUGCAUGGCGGUAUAUUCGGGCAUCAAUGUCUCUUGCAGGUCUUCUCCCGCCCCUCUGCGAUGAGGGCAGCAUGCUGUUGGAUGGUGGCUACAUCGACAAUCUGACGGUGUCGCACAUGAAGUCACUGGGAGUGGAUACAAUUUUCGCUGUAGACGUUGGGUCUCUCGACGAUAACACCCCGCAGUCAUUCGGCGACACGCUCUCAGGCGCGUGGGCGUUCUGGAACAGGUGGAACCCAUUUUCCUCAACGCCGAACCCGCCAACACUGGCAGAGAUCCAGGCGCGUCUUGCGUAUGUGUCGAGCGUCGAUGCCCUGGAACGGGCGAAGAAUCUGCCCGGGUGCAUCUACAUGCGGCCGCCGAUCGACGACUAUGGCACGCUCGACUUUGGGAAAUUCGACGAGAUCUCACAACUAGGCUAUAGAUACGGGCAGGACUUCCUGCAGGGCCUCAGAGAGAAGGGCUUGUUGCCGCUCAAGGAGGAGAGGGAGGCCAAGGAGGCGCUGAGGAGGACCAUGGCGCCCAGGAGAGCGAGUAUUUAG